AUGGCGUCCUCACUGCUCCACUGCUCCGACAAGCUCCCGUUCUUGGACGUGGAGACCAUCCUCCACAUGAAGGAGGGACUCGGCGAGACCAGCUACGCGCAGAACUCCUCGCUUCAGAAGCGAGGCAUGGACACGCUGAAGAGCCUCAUCACCAACGCCGCGACGGACGUGUACAUCUCGCAGAUGCCGGAGAGGUUCACGGUGGCCGACCUCGGCUGCUCCUCGGGCCCGAACGCGCUGUGCCUGGUGGAUGACAUCGUGCGGAGCAUCGGCCGGGUGUGCAGCCGGUCGUCGUCGCAGCCGCCGCCCGAGUUCUCGGUGCUGCUCAACGACCUCCCCACCAACGACUUCAACACCAUCUUCUUCAGCCUGCCGGAGUUCACCGACCGGCUCAAGGCCGCCGCCAAGACCGACGAGUGGGGCCGGCCGAUGGUGUUCCUGUCCGGGGUCCCGGGGUCCUUCUACGGGAGGCUGUUCCCCAGGAACAGCGUGCACUUCAUCUGCUCCUGCUCCAGCCUGCACUGGCUCUCGCAGGUCCCUCCGGGGCUCUUCGACGACAUGGACGACACGCCGAUCAACAAGGGCAAGAUGUACAUAUCGAGCACCAGCCCUGUCGCCGUGCCGCUGGCCUACCUGAGGCAGUUCCAGAGAGACUUCGGCCUGUUCCUCAGGUCACGCGCCGCCGAGGUCGUUUCCGGCGGCCGGAUGGUGCUCGCCAUGCUUGGCAGGCAGACCGAAGGGUACAUCGACCGGCGGACCACCUUCCUCUGGGAGCUCCUCUCCGAGUCCUUCGCCGCGCUUGUCUCACAGGGGCUGGUCGAGCAGGAGAAGGUGGACGCGUACAACGUGCCGUUCUACGCGCCGUCGAUCCACGAGGUGGAGGAGGAGGUGCGGCGGGAGGGCUCGUUCCGGCUGGACCACGUGCAGACGUACGAGAUCAACCUGAGCAGCAGCGGCGACGCCAAGGAGGACGGCCGGACGGUGUCCAUGGCGAUCAGGGCCAUCCAGGAGUCCAUGCUCAGCCACCACUUCGGGCCGGACAUCGUGGACGCGCUGUUCCACAGGUACACGGAGCUGGUCACCGAGUCCAUGGAGCGGGAGGAUGUCAAGAGCGUGCAGAUCGGGGUGGUUCUCACAAGGUUGUGA